AUGACUGUCAAGAAAGCUGUCCCUCAGUGCCUCACCGAGCAGCGCGGUUUCCACGACGGCAUCAGGACGCAACGCUGGCAUUUAACAGAUUACAUUGCUCCUUCUCCUGAGCGGGGGGAAGAAGAAAGAAACGCACCCGUGAAGCGGCAGUUAUUUCUGUGUGUAACAGGGGCUGGUGUGGCUCCACCUGAGCCACGCCGGCACCUCGCUGAGCGGGACCCACGGUGCGCCCUGAUUUGCGUGGAGAAACUCCGGGGGCCGCACUCCCCGGCUCGCCCGCCUCCCCCGCAAGCCUACUGCCGGGUGCGGGUGGGCCACGGGCUCCGCUUCGGCGGCAGCUCCCGCCUCUUCCUCCUGCAGGGACCCAAAGAGGACCAGGAGUCCGAGUCGGAACUAACUGUGACUCAACUGAAGGCACUGCGUAAGCAGCAGCAAGCAAAAUUAGAAAAGACGAUGUUGGGAGAGGACUCUGAUGAGGAAGAUGAAAAAGAGGAGAGAAGUGAGAGGAGUCAGAACAGCGAUAUGAGCUGCUCGUGGGGAAUGGGGGAUGAUGCUGAGGAGGAUGAGGUUGAAGAAAACCCUAUUGCAAUUGAUUUUCAGGAUGUACAAGAUGCCUUCUAUAUGAAAGAUCCUAGGAAGGCCUUACAGGGCUUUUUUGACAGAGAAGGAGAAGAGUUAGAAUAUGAGUAUGAUGAUCGUGGGCACAAUAGCUGGCUAUGCAGGAUCAAGUUGCCUGUGGAUGAUGCAUCAGGGAAGCAGCUGGUGGCAGAGGUUCUCCAUUCAGGAAAGAAGAAGGAAGCAAUGAUACAGUGCGCACUGGAAGCUUGCAGGCUACUCGACGCUCGGGGAGUACUGAGGCAAGAAGCAGUAUCCCGUAAAAGGAAAUCAAAGAACUGGGAAGAUGAGGAUUUUUAUGACAGCGAUGAUGACACCUUCCUUGAUCGAACUGGUGCCGUGGAAAAGAAACGACUGAGCAGAAUGAAAAAAGCUGGUAAAAUAGAAGAAAAACCAGAGACUUAUGACUCCCUGGUCACAAAACUAAAUGAAGCUGAAAAUGAGCUUUCUGAGAUAACAGAGAAGCUGAAGGCUUCAGGGAAAGUCCAGUCCCAGCCAGCAGCUCAAGAUUCCUUGGAUGAAUUCAUGACUGAAAUAAAAUCAGGAUGCACCUUAGACAGUGUGGCACGAAAGAAGCUUCACUUGCGGUCGUUUGAGCUGAAGAAAGAGCAACAGAGACUGAAAGGGUUAAUAAAGCUUGUCAAGCCUGCAGAACUGCCUGAGCUGAAGCCCCAGAGUGGGAGUUACAGUCUGGAAGCAGAGAGCAAGCCUAAAAAGAUUACCCUGCCUCUCUUUGGUGCAAUGAAAGGGGGGAGCAAAUUCAAGCUGAAAACUGGAAGCCUAGGGAAGAUGCCUGUUAAGCGUCCAGAUAUCCCUGAAAGCUUGUUAAGAAUGAAAGAUGAUGGACCGGAGGAGGAGGAAGAGGAAGAAGAAGAAGAAAUGGAGGAGGAGCAAGAAGUAGAUGCAAUAAACAGCAGAGCAUCAAACCUGGAAAUGAAAAUGACAACAGAGGAAGAAACGGGAAAAGAAACUAAUGCUCCCAAUGGUUCUCCUUGCAAUAACAAGAAUCUAGAAUCCCUUCAAGACGGCGUUCAUUUUCUGCCUGAGCCGAAGAUACUAAGGAAUAAAUCUCAGAUGGGACCCUCACAAGAGAAAUCUCAGGCAUCUGAGGCAGUAUAUAAGGAACCUGAAGAGACAUCUGAGAAAGUUAAGAAAAUCAAUAGCUCAAGCAAGGUCCAACAACCUUUUUUUUCCUCACAGUACCCAGAUGAUGACCCAGACUACUGCAUAUGGAUUCCUCCUGCAGGUCAAAGCGGUGAUGGCAAGACUCAUCUCAAUGAAAAAUAUGGCUACUAAGCUUCAAGCGCCCCAGAGUACAUCUGAGGUUUGAAGGACUGCUCUAUUUUGGACUCUUUCACCACACGUUAAGUGAGGGAUAAAGGAGUUGCUUUUUCAGACGCUGUUCCAAAUUCAAGGGCAUCAGCAGCGACUCUGGCUGUUAGCUCUCCCUGUGUGUGCUCUGUUUGUCUUCCAGAUACUUUUUUAAAAGUAAAAGCCCACAUACUCUUCUUUCUCUUCUUCCACUUUUAGCCUUGUCCUUUUUAUUUGGCUUAAAACUGUAGGCUCAUUUUUCCUUUUGUAAAUAAAAAUAUACAGAUAGUAUUAAAAAAAAAAAAUACACCUCUGUAUACUUACAGGCUUGAUAAAAUUUUUUCAUGUUGGUUUUAUGCAAUUAAAAUGAGAAACACUA